CUUAGGACGUCACCUCCUGACCUUGGCCUUGUGUCUCCCCCUUACAGGCGCCACGGCCUGAGUGACCAGACCAUGGAGACCCUGCUUGGUGGCCUGCUGGCGUUUGGCAUGGCGUUUGCCGUGGUCGACGCCUGCCCCAAGUACUGUGUCUGCCAGAACCUGUCUGAGUCACUGGGGACCCUGUGCCCCUCCAAGGGGCUGCUCUUCGUGCCCCCUGACAUCGACCGGCGGACGGUGGAGCUGCGUCUGGGCGGCAACUUCAUCAUCCACAUCGGCCGCCAGGACUUCGCCAACAUGACGGGGCUGGUGGACCUGACCCUGUCCAGGAACACCAUCAGCCACAUCCAGCCCUUCUCCUUCCUGGACCUCGAGAGCCUGCGCUCCCUGCACCUCGACAGCAACCGGCUGCCCAGCCUCGGGGAGGACACCCUGCGGGGCCUGGUCAACCUGCAGCACCUCAUCGUCAAUAACAACCAGCUGGGUGGCAUCGCCGACGAGGCCUUCGAGGACUUCCUGCUGACGCUAGAGGACCUGGACCUCUCCUACAACAACCUGCACGGCCUGCCCUGGGGCUCCGUGCGACGGAUGGUCAACCUGCACCAGCUGAGCCUGGACCACAACCUGCUGGACCACAUCGCCGAGGGCACCUUCGCCGACCUGCAGAAACUGGCCCGCCUGGACCUCACCUCCAACCGGCUGCAGAAGCUGCCCCCAGACCCCAUCUUCGCCCGCUCCCAGGCCUCCGCUCUCACGGCCACGCCCUUCGCCCCACCCUUGUCCUUUAGUUUUGGGGGGAACCCCCUGCACUGUAACUGUGAGCUUCUCUGGCUGCGGAGACUCGAGCGGGACGAUGACCUGGAGACCUGCGGCUCCCCAGGGGGCCUAAAGGGCCGCUACUUCUGGCACGUCCGCGAGGAGGAGUUUGUGUGUGAACCGCCUCUCAUCACCCAGCACACGCACAAGCUGCUGGUCCUGGAGGGCCAGGCGGCCACGCUCAAGUGCAAGGCCAUCGGGGAUCCCAGCCCUCUCAUCCACUGGGUGGCCCCCGAUGACCGCCUUGUAGGGAACUCCUCCAGGACCGCCGUGUAUGACAACGGCACCCUGGACAUCCUCAUCACCACGUCUCAGGACAGCGGCGCCUUCACCUGCAUCGCCGCCAAUGCCGCGGGGGAGGCCACGGCCAUGGUGGAGGUCUCCAUCGUCCAGCUGCCACACCUCAGCAAUAGCACCAGCCGCACGGCGCCCCCCAAGUCCCGCCUCUCGGACAUCACCGGCUCCAGCAAGACCAGCCGGGGAGGUGGAGGCAGUGGAGGUGGGGAGCCUCCCAAAAGCCCCCCAGAACGGGCUGUGCUGGUGUCCGACGUGACCACCACCUCGGCCCUGGUCAAGUGGUCAGUCAGCAAGUCUGCCCCCCGGGUGAAGAUGUACCAGCUGCAGUACAACUGCUCCGACGAUGAGGUACUGAUUUACAGGAUGAUCCCAGCCUCCAAUAAGGCCUUCGUGGUCAACAACCUGGUGUCAGGGACUGGCUACGACCUGUGCGUGCUGGCCAUGUGGGACGACACGGCCACGACGCUCACGGCCACCAACAUCGUAGGCUGUGCCCAGUUCUUCACCAAGGCCGGCGACCCGCAGUGCCAGUCCAUGCACAGCCAGAUCCUGGGUGGCACGGUGAUCCUGGUCAUCGGCGGCACCAUCGUGGCCACGCUGCUGGUCUUCAUCGUCAUCCUCAUGGUGCGCUACAAGGUCUGCAACCAGGAGGCCCCGGGGAAGACGGCGGCCACCGUCAGCAACACUCACUCGCAGACCAACGGGGCCCAGCCGCCUGCUCUGAGCAGCACGCCCAGCGGGGCCCCCGUGCCAGGGCCGCCCAAGGCUGUGGUGCGCAAUGAGCUCGUGGAGUUCAGUGCCAGCCUGGCCCGAGGCAGCGACUCCUCUUCCUCCAGCUCCCUGGGCUUCGGGGAGGCCCUGGGGCUGGGACGGGGCCCCUGGAGGCUCCCGCCCCCCGCCCCCCGCCCCAAGCCCAACCUUGACCGCCUGAUGGGGGCCUUUGCCUCCUUGGACCUCAAAAGUCAGAGAAAGGAGGAGCUGCUGGACUCCAGGACUCCAGGCGGGAGAGGGUCUGGGACAUCAGCCAGGGUCCACCCCUCGGACCGAGAGCCGCUGCUGGGGCCGUCCACGGCCCGGGCCAGGAGCCUGCUCCCCUUGCCUCUGGAGGGCAAGGCCAAACGCAGCCACUCCUUUGACAUGGGGGAUUUUGCAGCUGCAGCCUCCGCGGUGGGAGGGGUGGCCCCAGGUGGCUACAGCCCCCCUCGGAGGGUCUCGAACAUUUGGACCAAGCGCAGCCUCUCUGUCAACGGCAUGCUCUUGCCCUUUGAGGAGAGCGACCUGGUGGGGGCCCGGGGAACUUUCGGCAGCUCAGAGUGGGUAAUGGAGAGCACGGUGUAGGCCUGGGGGUGCGGUGGCAUCCGCCCGCCCGCCGGCCCGCCCGCCCGCCAGCGUGGGGGAAGCUGAAAGCAUCUUUACCGGCAAGUCUUUGUGGAGUUUCCAUGGUGAUGUUUACAUCCAGGGACAGUUUUGUCUCCCUGUCAAUGGCCCCCCCACCCCCCACCCACCACACACACCACCUUCCCGGCCCAUGGCCUCCACCCAUCGGGGUGCGCUCAGGGAAAGCAGACUGGAUCGCUCAAAUGUCAGACUGAGCCCUGAGGGUUUGGAAAGGCAGGUCCCCUGCCUUUCUAAUCACAAAUGUAGCCUAUAAGCAAGCGGCUUUGGAUUGCUGAUGGUUCUGGUGUUGUUUUUAUUUCUUUGUUAUUUCCUCCACCUUCCAGGCUCCUCCUCUUCGGUGACACAGAUAGUGGAGAGUUUGCACAGGAAAGCAGGUUCCCACAGCCUUGGGACUGGGUGACUGUUGCCAGUUGAGAAGAUCAGGGAACAAUUUGGGUUGCACUUUUGUUUGGGGGAAAGACUGGCAUCCCCGCCCAGACCCCUCACUGUUCCCAACAGUCCCCACACUUAGGAUGGAUGGGUACCUGUCCCUGACCCAGUUCCUUUGCUUCUCAAACAGGACGCCCCCCACCCAUGACAUCAGCUUCAGCCAGAAGGGUCGCCUCCAGGACGCCUACGCCAGAGAGGAAGAAGGGCUUUAGGAGACCUAAGGGCAUAGCCAUGUUAACUUUUGGAGUUGCUUUGGGAUUUUUGCCUCUCUGGGGAAAGCUGGGGCAGGGAGUCCCCAUGGACAUGUAGGAGCCAAGAGGGCUUCUCUUAAGGAGAGAGAGUGGGGUGGCAGAACGAGCACUGGGCACAGAGUCCACAGCUCUGAGUUUGGGUUCCAGAGCCACCAGCAAAGAACCAGCUGCACCCAGUUUGGCAAGACCCUUUCUCUCUUUGGACCUCAGGCUCCUAACUCAUAAAUCCUGGGAUCAGGUCUCCAACUGCCUUCCAGCUUGCAGGACGAAAGAACUCUUCAUGACUAAAUGAAGCUUGAAGAGGUGAUUGCAAUCAUCUCAUCCCUCACCCUCCCUCCUCUCCCCCCUCUGCCCCGAGUCCAAGGGACUUGUCCAAGGUCACACAGUGAGUGUCAGGGCAGGGACCAAGGCUGCUUACCUCCUGGGGGUGGUGUGUGAAAUCCGAUACCUUGUCUUCACCAUGGCUAGGGCAUUUCUGUGUCCAAAGUCUGUCCCUUGUUUGUUCCUGAAGUAGGUGGCUUGGGCUGGGAUGUGGGGGUGUGGGGGAUGCCUUCUAUGGAUGCCAUUCAUGAGGAGGCACCAUCAUGGAAAUGACAGGAUGGCAGUGGGAGGGGUACAGGGCUCCUUUCCAUCUAGGGAUUGACCCCCAGGCUCCCAGACAGUGUCAAGAGGAGGCAGAAGAGGUGUCUCUGGGGAGAGACAGCUUUGGAAGUAUCUGACUUUCCCCUGCAUCUCUGACUCCCCUGGUCCCUGCCUGUUCCAGUCUCUGCUCACAGCCAACACACUACCUCUCCCCCAGCUCCCCACCUCAUUCUUUCCUCUCCUGAGCCUCCACCAUAGAUCUCUAGCCUCUGCCUCUUGUUCGUCUCCCUCCUGCCAUUUGCCGACCACACAGCAUCCAAAGCAUGCAGGCGAGUCCAUUUCCGGCUGAAACAUUCUGAUGGGCUCAGACCUGGAGCUGAGCUGGUGGCCCCCCAUCCUGCCUGGAACCCCCAGGGUGAGGGUGGGGAGCUGUCUAUGCAGGAUUGCCUUCUGGCUCCACCCAGGAGCCUCUGAAUCCCAUGCCUUCAUCCUUUGCCCACGCCUCCUCGCUCUCUCCUCCCCUUCCCUCCCCUCUCCUGUCUUCAUUCUCUUUCUUCUGGUGCCUCUCUGCCUCCCUUUAAGGUCCUGACCAGGUCAUUCACAGCCCAGGCCCUGAGACCACAAGCUAGCUUUCAGGCCAGCCCCAGUGCAGGCGCACACAGCACACAGCUCCUGUCGUCCUGGUGGCACCUCCAGCCUAGCGACUUGAAAGGAACUCUCGCCCCCCACUGCCCCCUUUUACCUCCUCUCCUUCCUCCCUCUCCCUGGGCACUUUCUCACUCCACCUUUCUCAAUGUAGCCAUCGAGAAAGUGACCCCCAAUACCGCCUUUCUGCCUUCGGGUUCAGCAGCCCGGAGGGAAAGUGGUGGGGGCAUCGGAAGGGGAGGACCCAACUGUCCGUCAGGGGAUCCGAGCUCUGUUGUGACACGAUUUGUACUUGCGCUUGUGUUUGUCAGGCUUCUGACCUGGAGUUUUGGAAAGCCACAUUCCUGUGGGCAGAAUACAAAUGCCAGUCUUCUCCUUUGUUGAAGAAAAAAAAAAAUGUACAGUAAAAUGUACAGUUUUAAAAACAACCAACUACACUUCUUGGGAGAGAGAAAAAAAGAACAUUCCUGUGUCUGUGAA